AUGGAGGCCGCCCGCCGCGCGGUGACGGCAUACACUGACUUGAAGACGUGGUCCGGCGUAUCCCUCUGCCUGCGGCGUACCAUCGCCAUCUUGGACUAUACCGUCGCCGCGCAGGCCGCCCGCAUCCUCGAUCUGGUUGACGCGGCACGGCAUGGCGCCGACAUUGCCGACGAGGACUACGCCGUAGCAAUCCCCUACUUUGGGAGGACCCGCAUCAACAAGAAGACAGUCUCGCCAGACAACGACAACAGCUGGACCAGCCCUCUUCUUGCCCCUAGUCCUGUGUUGCCCGUCGACUCGCUAGCUACGCUCACGCACUUCAACACCGUCGAGUUUAGCACCAACACCUUCACGCACGAGUAUCCCUUCAAGCUCAACUUUGAGACGGAGCUCUUCUCCGCGGACCCAGCACUGCUGUGCUCGGAAAUGGACUGGACCCAAACGUUUACCUGCGGCCCAUUUUACCCGUUGGAUAGCUAG